AAAAAACAAUGGGAAAGGAAUGUUCAACUCGAGUGAGCAGCCGUUUGUGGGGAGAGAAGUGAACCGUAGCGGACUGGAGGGAGACUAUUCAAAUCUCUCUCAACCGAACUAUCAGUACCACGACCUAAUACGAUAUCAUAGACUAGAAGAGCAUACAGUCUGGCGGAGAGUACGAAUUCUUUACGUUUGGUGGGAGAAACGCUUCAGUUAUGAAUACAAAGCGAAUCAUCGUAUGGACAGCACCAAGGUGUGUUUCUACGGCUUUUGAACGCUCAUUGAAGAAUCUAGACAACACGAAAACUUUACACGAGCCCUUUUCUCUUGCCUACUACUUCGGUGAAGAAAGAAAGAGUUCUCGUUACUUAAGUGAUCCACCAAGAUUAGGAAYGACCUUUCAAUCCGUGGCGAUGAUGCUUCRAAAGGAUUAUGAUGGGAUAGAUUUGGUUAUAUCCAAAGAUAUGGCAUAUUAUGUAGAAGAUUGCAUGGAUAUCUUGCUGGAGGAAGGCUUGAGCGAUAUUCRGCACACAUUCCUGAUCAGAGACCCAAGGAAAGCUAUUUAUUCUCUGUACAAAGCAUCAACCAAYCCCAAACUGACUGGAUGGAACUACUUCGAUCCUCAAGAGGCUGGGUUUGCACAACUCUUUUCCUUGUAUAACUUUGUACGUGAAAAUCUCGAUCCUUCCCCAGUGAUUAUCGACGCUGGCGAGCUACUAGAGUGUCCUGAAGACAUGUUGAAGAGCUUCUGUGAGUCUGUAGGRGUGAAGUACAAACCAGGAAUGACAGAAUGGGAGGCAGGUUUUGUAGAUGAGUUUACGAUUUUUAGUCCUGGUUGGCAUGACACUGUAUUCAAGUCGACAGGCUUUGUUCGUAAGAACACCACAAACAAACAAACCCAGAAAAAAGACGAGGAGUUACGUGACCAGAAACUCCCUGCGAUCGUUAACAUGACAAUAGAAGAAAGUUUGCCUGUGUAUGAGAUAAUGUAUAGGAAUCGUACAAAGCCACUCAAAGAAACAAGGACUGAUACGAACUGAUUCAAAAUGCCCAUUAAUAGAAGUAGUGAAUGAAUACCCUUUGUAGAUUGGAACUGGCUCCUCAUGGAGAUUAUUUAGUAUAGCAGGCAUAGUGGCAUCAUGUUAUGGGUAAAUUCACAGUAGAAUUACUAAUUCCUCGCGUUUCAAAGAAAACUCUUCAUCAUGGCGGAAUAGUAAACUCAUUCACACCACGUCCUUUUUCUAUGCAUAUUUAAUGAAAAGAAAUUUAAUCAUUUAAAAAUGCAGAAGUAAAAUAAAUCCUUAGUUACAUCA